UAGUAGGGCUGUUUAUUUCAAGAACAAGGAAGGGCUUUGUGUGUGAUCGACAUGCCUGUAGUCCAAUCAAAUCAAUGCUGUGUAGUGGGUCCGUUUUUGUUUUUUUAAAACCAGGCGACAUUAAAAGCACUGUUUCCAUAGCAUAGCUCACUCCUUCCGCAAAACGAACGGCCAAGGUAUAUUUUUCAAACAUGGAGAAAUUGUUCAGCUCCGUUAGAUUCUGAUUUUCCUCCUGAAACUGUGUUUCAGUGUUUUAUCGCUACUGAAAAAAUGAAUCUUAUAUCAAAACAGACACAACUGAUCUCAAAGGGAAACAACUUUUCGCUACGUUUAUAUUGUAAAAAUACGAGUGAAUUUUCUGCUGACUUCCAUCGCUGAAAAUGGAUACAAUCAUGGAGGGUCCGGAACGGAUUUCGGAUAAGACCGCGAUCCAGCGGUCGGGCGGAGGUGGGAUGCUGAUCCUGCCCUGGACAAAGCAGAUAUUGUGCGUACUUUGGGAACAUUUCAGACUGCUCCUUCAAGUGGUAUAUUACAGCUUCGUGGCAGUCUUCCAGAUGUUCCGGCUGGAAGUGCACCUGAGAAUAACGGACGAGACGGGACAUCCUCACGUGCAGCACGUCAGCACGUCUGGCAGCCCGGCGGAGUCCUUCUUCCUCUCCUCUCUGUUCGACGGGAACGGCGGCGUGUUCAUCCCCGGCUCUGACUCGCUGUCUAAGGGCGGCUUAAACGCCUAUUCGGGGGGUUCUCACGCAGGGGCGCUCCUCUCAAGCUUCGGGGCCGAUGACCUGUGUCUCAGUCUGGUUGACGAUUUUGUGAUCCGUGCGCAGGAGAGUUUAUCGGAGGACACGGACGAUGAGCUCUGUCUGGGGCAUCACCCCUCCUGGACGCCGAAAGGCCCGGCCGACUGGGAGGUGCGCGUUUCCGAAGAAUUGCAGCGCAAGGUGGAAGUUCGUUCCAGCGACCAAACUGAAACUGUGAGUGCGGUAGAAAAGGUAGAGUCCUUUUGGGAUGAGGUCGAGGCUGUCCCGGACCUCGCUGCCACUGUGGAGGAGCCUGACUCUUUUUGGGACGAGGAGGAUGAAGUGGGCGGAGAGGAGUUUGACGUGGAGGAGAGCCGGGCGCUGUGGGACUCCUUCGCCAGGGCCUCGGACCCCUACAACCCUCUGAGCUUCUCCGCCUGCCUCUCCACCGUGUCCGACAGCGACAGCGAGCCGCUGGAGAGGCCUUCCUCCAGCCUGGGCUCGGACCGGGAGUCGCCCCGCUCCACACUCCAAACGCUCAGGACGUUCCACCAGGACCUGGUCCGGCCGGGUCCGGAGAGAGAGAGUGACUGGGACAGCUCUGACGACUCCAGCGCUGCGGAUGAUGAUGAUGAUGAUGAUGAUGAUGAUGAUGAAGAGGAGAAGGAGAGGCUGUGGGAGCUGUUUGCCGGCCCGCUGGACCCCUACAACCCGCUCAACUUCACAGCCUGCACGGCCAGCUCUGGCCCCAGGGGGGGGGCGAGGACCGGGGGGCUCCCGCAGCUGGCCCCCACCCCCUCCGACUCGGGAGAGAGCCACAGACCCCCCUCGGUGGAGGAGGAAGAGGAGGAGCUGUGGAACUCCUUCUCCCAGAGCUCUGACCCCUACCAUCCCCUGCACUUCAGAGCGUGCCUGCACAGCUCCCCCGCGACCCCCCCCCUGCAGAGAGCCGGUCGCUCGAAGCCGCGGCUGCCGAAGAGACGCGUGACGGUGCACUGCUGUGUGCGGCCCCCGCAGGAGCGCUGGAGGCCGGCCCCGUGGAGGAAGCCCGCAAGCAGUCCGGCCACGGAGCUCCGCACAGCACCCACACACUCCCCAAAACAGGAGCUCCGCACAGCACCCACACACUCCCCAGAACAGGAGCUCCGCACAGCACCCACACACUCCCCAAAACAGGUGCGAUUCUCCCCGCUGCUGCAGGUGCACGUGAUGCGGACCUGGUCCUUCGCCAUGCAGGCCGUGCGCAAAGGACCCUGGGAAGAGAUGGCCCGGGACCGCGCCCGCUUCCAACGCAGGCUUCAGGAGACGGAGCACGCCAUUGGCUACUGCCUCCACCAAUCACACAGGGAGAAGAUGCUGGACUACCUGAGCCACAGGCAGAACUCCCCGCCUGCACUCAGACUGUGAACGCGACAGGAAACAAACCUGCCUUCCCAUCAGCCCUCCAGGGCCCGAACUCUGAUUGGCCUGACAGGGAGCGAGUGGACCAAUCAGAGCUGAACGGUCCUGAACACACAUUGCCGUUGCACUGAAACUUUUAACUUUUAACUUAAGAUUAUUUAUAGAUUUGUAAAUACACAUUGUGUACUUUUAUAUUACUUAUAGAUACAGCGUUGUACAAUAUCUGCUGUCGUGUUAAGCUUCUAUUUUUGUGUUUUUGAUGAUUGGAUAUUUUUGGAUCUAUUUUUUUGUAGAGACUUUACAGACACGUGGGAGCGGUUGGUCUGGGCCGUUCUGAUCACUGGAGGCGUCACCCGCCAAUAAAGCCUGUCAUUCGGA